AUGCUUUACAGAUUAGGCGCCAGUGAUAUCGAUAGAAAUAAAACAAACAGACUCGAUCAGAGCAUGGCGACUGCAGCACCUUUCUCUGGUCCAAUCGGAAAUUCCAGAUGGUCACUAGCCGGAAUGACUGCUGUCGUCACCGGUGGUACACUUGGGAUCGGCUAUGCUGUGGUGGAGGAACUGGCGGAGUUAGGACCAGAAGUGCACACCUGCUCACGUACUGAGUCUUUUGCGGAAAACGUUACAUCACUUUUCGAUGGCAAGCUCAACAUCCUAAUCAACAAUGUUGGGACAAAUAUAUUUAAAACUACGUUAGAGUUUACCCCAGAAGAGUAUUCCAUGAUCAUGGCUACCAAUUUGGAGUCAUGUUACCAUAUGUGUCAACUUACACAUCCUCUUUUAAAAGCUUAUGGAGCUGGAAACAUUGUGUUCAUUUCAUCUGUUAUGGGUCUGGUUCAUACACCUUUUGGAUCCAUUUACAGUGCCACCAAAGGUGCAAUGAAUCAGCUUGCAAAGAAUUUAGCAUGUGAAUGGGCUAAAGAUAAUAUUCGGUCUAAUAGUGUAGCACCAUGGGCCACUAAAACCCCACUCGCCCAACAUCUUGUUGAAAACGAGGAAUUUUUGGAAGCUAUGGCAUCUAGAACUCCUCUGAAACGUGUUGCAGAACCAAAUGAAGUUUCAUCUCUGGUGGCGUUCCUUUGCCUACCUGCUGCUUCUUACAUCACUGGCCAAACCAUUGCUGUUGAUGGUGGAUUUACGGUCAAUGGAUUCCUAAACAAAGUCAUCGGAAUUUGCUACAACUACCAUUGGGAAUUUGCUACAACCACCAUUGGAAACAACGGAAAUAAUUCCGGUAUUGAUCCCUGA